AUGUCGCAGGAAACCAUUGAUACUUUCAUGGCCAUUACCAGUGCUGAGAACAGCGAUUUGGCAAAGCAUUUUGUGGAAAUGGCCGGUGGGAACUUGGAAACAGCAAUCUCCCUAUUUUUCGAGCAUGGUGGUAAUGCUCAAUUGAAUAAUCGCAACCCUUCUUCAAAUCCUGAAGAAUUGGCGGAGCAGACUCAACUAUUUCAACAGCAGGAAGAGGACAACUACAGGGCACCAGAUGAAGCUCGACACGAGACGCUGGUUGAUACUCAUGUCUUUCCUUCUACUUUCGGUGGCAUUGGAGGACGGUUUGAGCCUUUGCGUAACAUUAGAGGUAUGUUUGACGACUCCAGACCCCAAGGCGUGUUCAAUCAACGAAUUGGUGAUAAUAAUGAAGAAGACUCAGAAUUCUCAGAAGAAGAAAACUAUAGGCAAGACUAUGAAUAUACCGAGGAGACUGUCAUGGAAUUGGAUGAUGACGGAAAUGUUCGAGAGUACACCAAGCUAGUACGGAAACCCCGGGAAAUGACCAAAGAACAGAAGCUCGCAAUGCUUUUCAGACCGCCUUUUGAUAUGAUGGCAAAGAUUGGUUUAGAUGACGCUAAGCUUCGAGGUCGCGAAAAGCAGAAAUGGAUUAUGAUCAACAUCCAGACUGUGGAUAUUUUCCAAUGUCAAGCUUUAAAUCGCGAUGUUUGGGCCAAUAAAGACGUAAAAAAGCUGGUGAGAGACAACUUUGUAUUUUUACAAUACCAGUUCGAUUCCCAAAAUGCACAACCUUACAUUCAAUUUUAUGGGCCGAAGGACAAGGAAGAGUUGCCACACGUAGCCAUUCUCGAUCCAAUCACCGGUGAACGAGUCAAGCAAUGGAACCGUGACGUUCCCAACCCGUUGCACUUUAUUCAAGAGGUCGAGGAUUUUCUGUCUCAGUUCUCCUUGCAACCGGGAUCAACUAAUCCAACAGUUAAGGAAAGCACUCCAAAAUUAGACCCCACAUUACUUUCAGAGGAGCAGCAGAUGGAGCUGGCGAUUCAAGAGUCCCUAAAUCGGGAAUCGAGUGUAGGGAGCGAUACACGAUCAGUGACGGAGGCUGUUCCCCAAACGCAUGAAACGGAAAUCCAAAGUGGUGACCCUCAUAUGACGCUUUUUGAUUCUAUCGCCGCGCAAAAGCACCAGGAACCGGCAAACCAACCGGGUAUCACAACCAGAAUUCAAAUCAGAACUGGUGAUGGUCGAAGACUGGUGAGACGGUUUAAUGCAAUGGAGGACACGGUGCGCACAAUUUUUGAAGUGGUAAAAGGCGAGGUCGACGGUUUUGAGUCCCAAUAUUUUACACUGAGUGACCAUGCCCGAGAAAAUUUACUUAAUAAGCUGGACGAAACCAUCAGCGAUGCUGGUCUGAAGAAUAGCUCUUUGCUACUAGAGUUGGUCCAAGAUUGA